GGCGGCAUUUCGGCGCUCCGCAGGUGUGGACCACAGUCCGAUUAUAGCUGUCCAGUACAAAAGCUGCUGUCUCGGUCAUUUAGUCAACGACUACCGGGAACUUUACAUGACCGCAGUUAGACGGCUCUCGAUAAAAUGAAGGUACCCAACCAGGAAUUAAUGAGUGACAUUUUGAAGCGUCUUACCGGUGAAUCUGCUCUGCCGGUGUAUAGCAAUAUUGAGAAAUUCAAACGAGUCAACGAUGGUUUCUAUGUUGUUGCUGAGGACUUUAACGAAAGUGUGAGGAAAAGAGAACAGGUCAAUGCCAAGGAGCGUCUUCGGAUUCGGAACCUUAACACCAUGUUCUCACGCUUGAAGCGAAUGGUACCACUGAUGCGACCAGACCGCAAGCCCAGUAAAGUAGACACUCUUAAAGCUGCUACAGAGUACAUUCGAUUACUACUUGGAGUUUUGCACGACACGGACACUCGUGAGGGCAGUGAGACAGACUUCCUGAAGAAUGCUGUCACCUAUGGUCAGACUGAGAGCUUUGACACUGAUCUUUGGAGAGUGGAUGAUUUUCUUAAUAUGCCGGAGGACCACACUGAAGAUGGCUUCCCAUUACCCGCUGAAUCAGGAACAGAAGAUGGAGAUAUGACCAGACUGAUGUUACAACAUUGUGCGAUGCCAGCAUACCAGUUCAUCAUUCAAGUAGUGCCUGACCAAUCUCCGGGGUUGACACUAUGAAGAUGAAGAUUUUCAGGAAGGUGCUGUUUUAUAUUUUACUUUUGAAAGUUCAUAGUUUGUAGUUACUAUGAAAAAAUCUAUUUCACAUUCUUUGGGAACAUUUAAAAUGCACAUUCAUUUGACUCGAUAGUGAGCCUUUGGGUCUACAGAAUGUGUAGUAUUUGCUGGACCAUAUUACUGUCAAUGGAUAAGAAUUUUUUUGUGAAUUAAUUUAAAAGAUUUUUCUAUAAGUUUUACAUGAUUUCUAGGUUUCAUAAGUCAUUCAUUUCUGUGGUGUCCAGAUAUUUGAAAAAUAAAUGGCAUUGAAAUACA